AUGCUGUUCUUUCUGUGGUUUCCUCGUUUCUUUUUGCAAUCAACUUCCAGAUGGCUCAGCAGUGCUUCCAAAACGAAUAUUUUGACAGAUUGCUUAAUGCUUGCAAACCGUGUCUGCUUCGAUGUCCUAACACUCCUCCUCUAACAUGCCAGCGUUACUGUGAUGCAAUGAAAGGAACAAAUGUGGUUCUCUGGAGCUGUUUGGGCCUGAGCUUGAUAGCCUCUUUGACAGUUUUCGUGUUGAUGUUCUUGCUAAGGAAGAUGAACUCUGAACCAUCGAAGGACGAAUUUAAAAACACAGGGCCGGCUCUCCAGCACGAGGCAGAUGCUGACCUGGACAAAAGCAAGACUGGGGCUGAAGUGCUUCCUCCGAGAGGCCUGGAGUACACGGUAGAAGAAUGUACCUGUGAAGACUGUGUCAAGAACAAACCAAAGGUCGACUCUGAUCACCUCUUCCCCCUUCCGGCCAUGGAGGAAGGCGCAACCAUUCUUGUCACCACGAAAACCAACGACUACUGCAAUAGCCUGCCAGUUGCUGUGAGUGUCACAGGGAUGGAGAAAUCAAUUUAUACUAGAUAAUUACCUUUUCAACUGGUGUAGAGCUACUCUAAAAUCUCAUGUCAGAAGGAAAGGAUGACACAUUAGAUCUCUUUAGGAUGACUGUACUUAUCAGUUGCUGAUACAGCUUUUUAUCCUCUAAUUCUGGAAAAUCUUUAGGGUAGAUAUAUUUCUCUAUCUUAUUGUUGGGAGCUUACUGUGGGAACUUCCUUGGUUUCAUGAUUAAA